CACACACACACACACACACACACACUGUGCUCGGACUGCGGUGGAGCUGGAGAGCAUCUCAUCUCUUCACUCACAGAGGAACACCUGCGCGAACGAUGUGAAGGUUUCCUUCAGCACAUCUGUGACCAUGCUGUUCCCUGCCUCCAAGUCCCAUGUUAAAGCUGUUCUGGACGGAGUGGCAGAAACCACGUUCAGAACCAUCACUUCUGGACUGCAGUACAUUGGUUCGAACGACGUCGGCUAUGAAGACCACAUCAAAAGUGCCAAAAGUGGAUACCCACUGCCGAAGCCAUUCGCAGCCUACCGCAGAAGCUCUUUCACUGAUAAAGUGGGACCAGAUGAGGAGCUCAUCAUAAAAGGUAUCCCCUUUUACCCCACGAACAGCUCCGAUGUGUUUGGGAACUUCAGUCUCGGGGAUGAAGGGAGCAGUGUGCAGUGCGGGGAGAACUUUAUGGACAUGGAAUGCUUCAUGAUACUGACUCCUAGCCAGCAGCUGGCCAUAGCCGUGUUGUCUCUGACGCUGGGGACUUUUACAGUACUGGAGAACCUGGUGGUCCUGUGCGUGAUACUGCAGUCACGCACCCUGCGCUGUAGGCCCUCCUAUCACUUCAUUGGCAGCUUGGCCAUCGCAGACCUGCUUGGCAGUGUCAUCUUCGUCUACAGCUUCUUGGACUUCCACAUCUUUCACCGCAAAGACAGUCCGAACGUGUUUCUGUUCAAGUUAGGGGGCGUGACGGCGUCGUUCACCGCGUCUGUGGGAAGCCUGUUUCUCACCGCCAUCGAUCGAUAUGUUUCCAUCCACCGUCCGCUGGCGUACAGACGCAUUGUGACGCGCACCAAAGCCGUGAUCGCCUUCUGCAUGAUGUGGGCGAUCUCUAUCAUCAUCGCCGUGCUGCCGCUGCUGGGCUGGAACUGCAAGCAGCUCAACUCGGUCUGCUCCGACAUCUUUCCGCUCAUCGACGAGAACUACCUGUUGUUCUGGCUCGGUGUGACCAGCGUUCUGGUCAUCUUCAUCUUCUACGCGUACAUGUACAUCCUCUGGAAGGCCCACCACCACACGGUGAGGAUGCUGCGGCGCACGUCUCAGAAGAGCCUGGUGGUCCACUCCUCCGACGGCACCAAGGUCCAGACCGCCAGACCGGAUCAGGUCCGCAUGGACAUCCGCUUGGCCAAAACGCUGGUUCUGAUCCUGGCGGUGCUGGUGAUCUGCUGGGGGCCUCUGCUGGCCAUCAUGGUGUAUGAUCUGUUCUGGCGGAUGGACGACAACAUUAAGACAGUGUUUGCCUUCUGUACAAUGCUCUGCCUGCUCAACUCCACCAUUAACCCAAUAAUCUACGCUCUGAGGAGUAAAGACCUGCGGAGGGCCUUCCUCGCCGCCUGCCGGGGCUUCAGGAGCACCUCCAGCACGUCCCUGCAGCUGGACAACAGCCUGGAGUCAGACUGUCAGAGGAAUCAGCACAUCGCCGCCAAACGAGCGGCUGAGAGCUGCGUCAAGACCACUGUGAAAAUAGCCAAAUUGACAAUGUCUGUCUCAGCGGAGACGUCGGCUGAAGCCGUCUGAGUGUACCACGGGACCUCGUCUUAAAAGAAUGUAUGUUUACGUGCCGGUCAUGGAAAGGUACAUGCAUAGAGUUCAAAACACAAAGCUGCUUAAGUUACCACUGGUUUGAUGAAGUGUUCACUAUGACAGUUCAUUGCUUAAGUGCCGAAUAUUUUUUUUGUUUCUUUCAGAAGAGGUUUUCACCCAGUAAAGUAAUUUGUUGGGGCUUUUUUUGGUGAUGUUGUUGUUUGCUCUUAUAUUUAAAUGUAACGUGUGGAUGUUGUGCUUGCUUUAUGAAAGUUUACUAUAUUUUUAUACUUUGAAUUUUCGUUUUUUUGAACAAUGAUGCACUCUAAAAAAUCCUGGGUUGUUUGAACUCAACUUUGGGUCAAAUAUGGACUAACCCAACUCUUGAUGGUCACAAAUCUAAUU